AUGCUUGCAUGUUUAAAAGGACACAAAGAUGUGAUACGUAUGCUACUUCAUCGUUACAAACCUGAUCUUGAAGUACUAAAUAAUAUUGUCUUCGGAGAUGUAAAUUCAAGUCAACAAACAUUUUUCAAUGUUUCGGUGCUAUGGGUAGCGACAUCGAUCAACAAUUUUGAUAUAGUAAAAUUACUAGUCGAACAUGGCGCUAAUGUAAACCAUCGAACUAAAUCAAAUUCAACACCACUGCGCGGUGCUUGUUACAAUGGUAAUGUGGAAAUGGCUCGUUAUUUGAUUGAACGUGGUGCUGAUGCACAUCUUGCCAAAGAAAACAAUGAUACAAAUCUAAUGGUCAGUGUAUGUCAUAAGCAUUUAAAUAUGGUUACUUAUCUUGUGGAUGAGUUGCAUUGUGAUAUAAAUGAAUGUGAUAUUAAUGGUCGUUCGGCACUUUAUGAUGCUGUCACUUGUGGAUCGGUUGAAAUAACUGAGUUUCUACUCAAACAUGGAGCUCGCAACUUUCGGGCUGUUGUCGAUCAAAUGUCUCCAUUAAUGUGGGCAGCAGAAAGAAGGCGUUCAGAUCUUGUAGAUGUUAUUUCUCCUUACUGUUCACUACUUGAAAGGAUAGAAGCUCAAGAACUACUUGCCAGUACUUUUAUCUGUGGUAAUCGUGAUGAUCAUGCUCUUGAUCAAUCAUUUAAACAUUUUUGUCAAGCGUUUGAGCUAAGAACGAUUCAUAAUCUUUUGAAAGCUACGAAAUCAACUAACAAUGCAAUUUUUGAUAAUCGGCAUGAGUGUCAAACAACUGAGCAACUCAAAGAAAUACGUUCGAAUACAGAUCUGUUGUAUAUUGAAGCUUUGCUAGUACGUGAACGAUUGCUCGGUUUGACUAAUGGAGAAUACCGUUACUCACUAUGUUACCGUGGUGCUAUGCUAGCUGACAAAGGACAGUAUGAUAAAGCCGUUGCUUAUUGGAUAUAUGAAUUGAAUUUGUGUCAACAAUAUUCAAUUCCAAUUGAUUCAAAACAUUUGCGCCGUUUUGCAUCACUUUUUAGUGGAAUAUAUCCGUGUUUGCAAACAACUCGCAUUCUUUUACAAAGCGGUGCUUCUGUAAAUACAUUCGAUGCCAUACGAAAUACACCGUUACAUAUAAUUGCUUCUAGUAGAUCUGCAAAUCAUGAUUCUAUACUGAAUCUUCUUUGUGAUGCUGGUGCUCAUUUAGAUUUUGCUAAUACAUUUGGAGAAACACCAAUCGAUUUAGCUACAAUGCCGAAUAUCCAGCAACAACUGAAAAGUAGAAUGAAACUUAGCUUAAAGUGUCUAUGUGCACAGUUGAUUCGAAAAAGAAACGUAUCAUUUCGUGACAAAGUUGCUAUUGCACUUAUUAACUUUGUUGAAAAACAUUGA